AUGUCCAAGGCAACUUCCACCCCCGCCCCCGUCAAAGGCUUCGAUGCCAACAAGUACGUGCGUAAGAACCUUAAUGCGGAGACCGUUCAGAAGCUGAAGGAAGUCUUUGAUGUUUUCGAUUACGACGGCAGUGGCAACGUCUCCACUGACGAAUUGAUUAACACCAUCCGAGCACUCAACCUGGAGGCUCAAGCUGGUCAGAUCUUGGCCAUCGUCAACAACUCAGGCCACACUGGAGACAUCGAUUUCGGCGCCUUCCUCGACAUCUUCGGCUUCGGCAGUGAGGAGACCAGUGAAUCCUCUCUCCAGAGCAUCUUCGAAGCCUUCGACACCUCAAAGUCAGGAGUUUUCGGCCCUGAGGAGUUCGAGAAGGUGGCUGCCAGCGUUGGCGAGCACUUCUCCUCUGCUGAAGUCGACCAGAUCAUCGACUUUGCCGACAAGGACAGAGACGGAGUGAUCAGCUUCGAGGAGUUUGCCAACGUCGUCACCAAGGUCUAUCCCAAAGUUUGA